UCAGAGAUUUGCGAGACGUCUUAGUAGUGUACGUAAACAGUUAGGGAACUCGCGAUGGACGCAUUCGUAAUAAAUUUUAAAUUAAAUUAAAAAUAAUAAUAGUCAAGAAUUUAUAGGUGAAACUAUGUGAUAAGUGUUUUAAAUAUUGUUUUAAUUAAUAAUACAAUUUCAAUUGUUUUUCUAAUUAUGUGCGUUUAAAUGUUUGUUUUUAAAAGUGAUUCAAUUGACCUCGCCUUGUAUGAACUUAAUGUGGGUUUGCGAUUGAUAAUGUUUUUGCUUUUGUUUCUUUUUAUUUAUGUCAUAUCACCGAUUACCUCAUCAGUUGUGGCUGACCGGGACAAUAAAUGCAGCGGGAACGAGUUUACGUGUAGAGAUGGCGCCUGCAUCGACCUUAGCAGCUUGUGCGACGGGAGACAGAACUGUGAUGAUGGCAGCGAUGAGGCAGUCUGCGAUGGCAGGACAAGUGACCUGAACUUCGCCUGGAAUACUGUUUCGAGCAGAGCGAGGAGACAAGCGACUUGUCAAAAGAAUCAGUGGCAAUGUCGCGACGGUACAUGCAUCGGCUUCGACGGCAAGUGUGACGGCGUCGUCGACUGUCCGGACGGCAGCGACGAGACGCAUCCGCUCUGUAGAAGCAGCCGAUGUCAGAGCAACUGGUUCAGGUGUACGUAUGGGGCAUGCGUUGACGGAAGCGCCCCAUGCAACGGGAUCAAGGAGUGCGCGGACAACUCAGACGAGCUUCUACCGCGCUGCAGGAAUAACACAGACGUUGUAGCAGGACAAUUCAAGUGUGAGAAUGGAGAGAUGAUCUCGUCAGCGAGCUUGUGUGAUGGAGUGACAGACUGCAGCGACGGAUCGGACGAGACCGUCCGCGCGUGCGCCGGGAACACAUGCUACUCGUAUCUGUUCCAGUGCGCGUACGGCGCAUGCGUCGACCAGGGCUCCGAUUGCAACGGCAAACAAGAAUGUGCAGACGGCUCGGAUGAGUCACCAGAACUGUGCAACAAGAGCGGAGUAGACGUUAAACCAUUACCGUCCGAUAAUAAUAAUAAUAACAGUAAUAAUACACCCAGGCCUAGUACACCACAAGUAGGUAAUUGUAUCCUGCCGGAGUAUCCCGAGAAUGGCCAAUGGGUGGCACCCAACGAGAGGUUCGCUAGUCCAGGCAAAUCUUACAAGCAGAUCUACCUGCAGUACUCCUGCAAUAUUGGUUAUCAGCUCCAGGGAGCCGUGGAUGUUACAUGCAUCGAUGGACAAUUCAUACAAGAGAUACCGAAGUGUGUCCGACUCUGCCAUCUAAACCGGCACGCCAGCAUCGACUAUUACUGCUACUCGGCCAACGGUGUCGACGGCAGACGCCCUUGCAACGACUACGAACCGCAAGGCACCAUCGCCAGGCCUCAGUGCAAGGUCAACUACUAUUACUACUAUGGUGGUGAUCCACAACCCAUGACGUGCAGCGCGGGAGGCUGGAGCGACUAUCCCAUAUGCUCACCAGAAUGCGGCCGCGUAACACCACAAGGAGACACCCUCAUCAUAAAUGGACAGAAGGCGAAGAAGGGCGAGCUGCCAUGGCACGCCGGCAUAUACAAGAAAACUACUACACCGUACAUGCAGAUCUGCGGUGGAUCCAUCGUGAGGCCGGACGUUAUUUUGUCAGCGGCUCACUGCUUCUGGGACGACGACACCGGAAAACAGCCAGCGAGGAACUACGCAGUGGGCGUCGGCAAGCUGUACCGCGCGUGGAACGAUAAGGGGGACAAGAACCCCCAGAAGGCUGAUGUGAAGUCCAUCGAGAUCCCAGAAACGUUCCAAGGCAUAACGUCGAGUUACGCCCAAGACAUUGCAGUGGUGAAACUGAGCCUAUCAUUCACGUACGAGCCGCACAUCGCGCCGGUCUGCCUCGACUUCGACGAGAGCUUCGACAAUAGGGAAAUCACUAGGAAAGGUGCUAAAGGGAAGGUAGCUGGCUGGGGUCUUAUAGCUGAAGACGGGAACCCGUCUCCAACGCUUCAGGUCGUGGAACUACCCAUCAUACCGUACGGUGACUGCAACGUACUGGCGCCUGAAGACUUCAGACGAUACCUCACAUAUGACAAAAUUUGCGCUGGUUAUAUAGACAAAGGUACAGCAGUUUGUCACGGCGACAGUGGUGGGGGCUUGGUGCUGCCAGCUCUGGAACGUUCCAUAGAACGGUACUACUUACGCGGCGUCGUGUCGACCUCCCCGAGGUCGGAGGACCACAGCUGCAACUCGAGGACCCUCUCCACGUUCACAAGAAUCCUCAGCCAUGCUAGUUUCAUUAAGAGAUUUAUUUGACACAAAUAAAUUGCUCAAUCCAC